AUGGCGUCUCUCCGGGUAAACCAGGCUGGAGAACUCGCAGCGACGCUCAUUUACACCGCCCAAACCCCACCACUCGUAAAUCGACACCCUCACCUCCGUCCCUUGAUGGCGCACAUGUACGACCAAGAGGAGGGGCAUCUUAAGACCUUCAACUCUCUUAUCCACAAGCAUCGUAUACGCCCGACUGCCCUGUAUCCCGUGUGGCAGGUCAUGGCUACUGGUCUGGGCUGGGGUACGGCUGUGAUGGGUCGCGAGGCAGCCAUGGCCUGCACGGAGGCUGUUGAGACUGAGAUUGGCGACCACUACAACAACCAGAUCCGAACUCUGUUAGAGAUGGUCAGUGAGUGGGAGGCGGAGGGGUACGAAGUUGGCCCCGAAUUUUCGGAGCUCAUCAAGACGCUGCGGAGGAUCAGAGACGAAGAACUUGAGCACCUCGACCAUGCUGUCGAACAUGACGCCAAGAAGGCCGAGCCGCAUUGGCUGCUGACUGGCGUCAUUCGCGCGGGCUGCAGAGGGGCCAUUUGGGUCAGCGAAAGAGUAUAA